AUGCAACAGCUGGAUCAAUUUGAGACUACCAUCAAAGCUGCUACCAACACGCAACGCCAAUGGCGAGCUUGUGUGACCACAAAACAAUGUGAAGUAGAAUCAGCACAAGAGACAGCGAAUGAUAUUAAAAAUAAACCAAUCAAAAUCGAACCUCAAUUUUAUUGUGAUUAUUUUUACUUUUACUCUAACUUCAAUUGUUACAUCUUGGCUUGCGCGGCUGUCACUUUUGGUAGUCGAGUGAUCGUGGGAUCCACUGUCCAAAUAUACGCUCCUAAUGAUAUACUUACUCAUCCUUUUUGUUCACCUGCUCUUGUCCCAAGUUUGGGUGGUUUACCACCUUUGUUUAUUAUUGCUGGUGAUAAUGAAGUUUUGCGUGACGAAAUCAUUUAUGCAAAAGCUGCUCUUUAUCCACCUAUGAAAGUUCACUUACAAGUUUAUGUAGAUGAUAUGUGUCAUGUUUUACCAAUGUUCUCAUGCGCUCUACCUGCCAAGUAUUGCUACAGAGCAAUUAAUUUUGUAACAAGUGCUUCCAAGCCUAAAGUCAGCUUGUCAUCUGCUUGUUCUCCCCAAUCAUCUAUAGAUGGGAUCACCCCUUUGGCAAACCCUUUGACUGCACAUCCUGCUUCCAUUUCUGGAGCUGGUCCUUCAUCGGGUUCGGCUCACCCUACCCCUUCACCCACUGUGGUGGUAUCAUUGCAAUCUGAUACACCUGAAGCCCAAUCAUCAGAACUCAGAUUUGAGAAACCAACAGGGUCCUUAACUCUCAUGAUUCCGGGAGCCAAAGCAAGCUCUUCAGCAAAUGCUUGUGCAUCUUUAUCAACCUCACCUGAAGGACAAGCACCAUCCACCUGGGGAAGGAUUACUGGAGGGAAAAGAAACCCAAAUGAUAAUAUGGUAAGAGAAAGAGUUGAUGUGAAUGGAAAGAUUCAAAAAUUAGAAGAUGAAACCAAUUUGAAUGGGUUAUGGUUGGAUAAAGAAUUGAUUGGAGUGAUUCAGGAAGGACCUGUUAGAAGAUGGGCAAAAAGAAAAGAGAUUUGGAAUCAUAAGUCAAGUGCAAGAAGAUUUAUGAAACUUCAUAAAAAGAUUCAGUUUCAAAGAGAUCAUCAUGUUAAGAGAUGA